AUGGUCAGUCCACACCGAUGCAUCGCAUUGAAAAAAAAACCCUGUCUCCGUCCCCCGGCGCCAAGAGCUGACGCUUGUCCGUGUCUUACUCCACAGGCGCGCGUUCGGUCAAGGCUCGCAUCGACCGUGAAGUGCCCCUGGAUGAGAUCAUCGCUCAACUCGUCAACUCGCAACAGCUCGCCGUCGCUGAACCAGCCGCUCUAUUCGCCCUGAGGGAGAAGGAAUCCGGAUCACUUGUGACCGAGGAGAACUUGGACCGAUUCCUGGAUCGCGGCGCAGCGUUCGUUCAAUCAGCUCUUGCCUGUCGCUCGGCGCUCGCUCAAGCCAGACCCAGCCCCCUGUGCCCGAAUCCUCGUCUUGGAUUUGCGAGCGAUAGCCGUUCUCUGCCCUGAACCCGGAGCUCAUCUGCUCGAACCGUUUUGUUCACUUCCACAGAAGCUUUGCUCUUGGUCCAUCACCAGUGAUCGAAGCCGUCGAAGUAGUCGACAAGCUACGAUCCUCCGAUACAGCCGCCGUCAAACUCGCGACCUUCUCCCUCCGAACGCUCAUCAAGGAACCCGCCUUCCUCACCGCCUUCAUCGAGCGCGAUGGCAUGGGGGCAAUACAGGAUGUUAUCAAAGGAUCGACGGGUAAUACGCUCGCGUACGCUUUGCUGAGUUCGCAGCAGCUGCUCGAACUUGACGCUCGUAGAUCUCAUUCGCUCGGCAAGGACUUUAUCGCCAAACUCGUUCAAAUCAUUGGUGAGUGCUCUCUGUCCGAUCGCGCUACUUCUUCCACCCAAACUGAACAAAGUUUUUUAUUGCAGCUACGGAGCCGUUGAUCAACAUCGUACGACCAGCGACCCAGCUUCUCCGACUGCUUUCCGAACAGGGUCGACCCUCAGCCGCGACACCUCGACUCGAUGGCUCGGCCGGCGUCUGCGCGAUCGCCUUUGAACUGAUCCAACAGAGGAUUGACUUCUUGCCCAUCGUCGUCGGACGUUUGUAUGGCAACGACUUGCCUCUCGCUUUGGCGAACCUCGAGUUGAUCAACAGUCUGUUCCAAGGCGCGACCGAGAUGGGGGAUGAGCGGUUCCAUGUGGAGUUGGAGACGUUGGGCACGAGCAAGAUCGUCGCGGUCAGUCACACCUCUUUCCGGAAGUUAGACGCAGGACUCAAACAAUACCCCCUGUCCCAACGCGACUAGAACUUGCUGGACACCUGGAAAGAAGAAGCAUACAUCGCCGCAAUCCUCGGUUACCAAGCCAACGUCGUCGCCUCGUUGCACGCCCAACUGGUGACCCCCGUCGACGAAGCGCAUUACGGCCUCUUCGAUGACAUAUGGACUGCUUCCGGUAGCGAUGAGAAUACGGUCGACGAAGCGACCAAGUGGCAGAGCCUAGGAUUCGGGACUGAGGAACCGCAGACCGAGUUUGAAGCGAGUGGGCUGUUGGGGCUGAAGACGCUGCUUGCAUUUGCGUUCGAUCGCAAGAAUGAGUUCGCCUCGGUCAGUGAUCGAGAGCCGGAAAUUAUGCAUCGUCUCUCUUCUCACCCUUGAAUACUAACUAUCGCAGACGCUCAAGGACAUGCUCGCUCGACCGGCACCACGCCGUUGCCCGCUCGCAGCCGUCUCAACCGCCGUCGUCCUUGCUCUAGCCAACCAUUUUCAUAUCAGCGAUAACCGACAAACAACGACGUCUACGACUCUGAAUCCUUACGUUCUACAGUUCAAUCAAUGCCACGCAUUAGCGACAAGGUUCUCAGUGCGGAUGUGGACCGAGUUGGGUGCGACGGAGGCGGAUUUUGAGCGAGUCGCGACGUUGAUGAAGAGUCAGAUAGCCCAUGUCUUGACAAUCGAUGGCUCGGAUGAGAAGGAUAUUAAGUCUUGGGAUCGCAUUAGAGAGUGAGUACUCUUACGUGGGGUAUACAAGCUCUAGCCACGCAUGGGGCUGAUUCUGAGACCGAAUUUCGCAUACAGCCAAUUCUUAAAGGCGGAUUAUCGCUCCGUUCGAGACCGACAAGUGCGAGAGUUAGAAACAGGCGAUGACCUACUUUCCAAAGCGCCCGUACGACAUCUACGAGGUCGUCUUUAUCUCGAGUCCUUCGAGUUCGUUCGCAACCAACGUAUCGCAUGCUUGCACGAAGGAGCGUGGUUCCGCGUUCCCACACUGGCCGGGACAACGAACGGCCCUUCGGCAAGUGGGUUGAAGAAGCAGGUCAAGGAACUUGUGUCACCUACUGCACCGAGUGUGGUGCAGAAAUGGAGGUUCUAUCGACUGGCGGCGAAUAAGAAGGCGCUGCAUUACUUGGAGACGAAUGGAAGGAUUGCGAUUGCGCCUGGAUUGGACGACCUGCCUGAGAGGAGUACGUCUUAUAGCGCGCUGUCCGAGCAACACUCGAGCUGACCUUGAACACCUUAUACUAUUUCAGUCAUGAUCGCCUUGAUUUCUAAGAUCAGUCCGCAUGCUCCUUCGGGCGAGCUCAAGCCUCAAGCCCCUUCGAUCGUCUCGAUGGCCAACACAGCUUCCACCGGAUCCCCUCACCCACUCACUAUCACAUUACGAUCCAGUGACGGGAUUGUCGCUGAACUCGUGGCGCCGAACGAAGUGACGUACUGUGAAUGGUUGGAUGGGUUGUCACUCUUGCGGCCUGACGGAGGGAUCGUGACCAGUCAGACGGCAGAUUACGUUCAAGCGCUGACGGACAUCGGUGUCAAGAUCAAGUUGUUGGACCUCAGUGGUGAGAAGGUCGAUAUACCCAAUGCUAUCGACGUCAGGCAGGUCCCGGCGUGUGACGGCCCAGCGUCGUUUUACUACUCGGAGAAUCUAUGA